UUGGUGAAUUAAAGGUUAUGUAUAUAUUUUUUUGUAACGAAGUCAGAAAUGGUUUUUGGUCAGCUCUGAUUUGUGUAGUAUGUCAGCUCAAUUUCCAGUAAAUUAUUUCAAACAGAGUAUAAAAGCUAAGUUUAUUGAACUUAGCGUUGUACGGCUUUUUCAGCUCGACCUCGAUGUGGACUGCGUCUGUUUUGUCUUGAUAGCGAGCAUAGGACUGUUCUGCACACUACAGUCUAUGCAUAGCCUCCUUUUAACUGUUGUCUUUUGAACGAGUGUAAUUGUGUGUGAUUUAGGCCUACUUCAUGCGUUAAAAUGAUUAGGCUAAACAGUAUACAGUUCUCAAACGUUUAGGUAGUAGGUAAAACACGUUUGCAUUGAUGAUUAGUUACUGAGAGGAAAGAUCACAUAUUAAUUGGGAAGAUUACAUGUGCUACAUACGCACUGUCGCUGUCCACUUCUCUGGUGAUGAAGACUUAGACCGUUGUUGUUAGGUAGUGCUUAUGUUUAUAGUAGCCUGGCACAUUCUAAAAUAUAUUCGAUUAGUUUAUACAUUACAUUUUUUAUCCUAUUUUGUAGCUAUGUGUGAAUUCUAUUUUUCCUAAAGUACAUUGUAAAUGCUGUAGUUGUCAAAGCUCGGUUUUGAAUUAACAUCUUACCUGGCUUGCGCUGUGGGUCAUUGAUUAUUGUUUGACGUUUUGUGUAACACAUUUGCAUACUGUAGCAUCGUUUCUAUAGUGCGUUUGCCGUGUUCGGACUCUGAGUGCCGCUGUUGAUCAAUGAUAGUCUCUACACGUUAUUUAUCUAUCUGGGUGGCUCAGUGGCCCAUCCUAUAUUCUCUGUUACUGAUCGACGCACACAGAGUCCUUCUCAAACGGACGGAGAGCUCUUGGUAUUAACGUCCUCACGGAUUAUUUUAUUUCGUUUCUCUGGGAAAUACUGUUGCUUUUUUCUGUUUUUGCGUGGAUGUACUGAUGAUCGAUAUUAUAUAAUCAAAAGCAGUAAAUAUAAGGGUGAUCUGUUUUUAUUCGGUGGAAUGGGUGAUUGGAGGUCGACAGGCCGCAGAGGCGGGUGGCAAGUAUUGUUUUUCUUUCUUUGUCUGUGCGCCCUAGAUUCUGUAACUGGGCAGGCACGAUAUUCCAUACCAGAGGAGCAGUCAGAGGGGUCGAUCGUUGGAAACAUUGGUAGAGAUUUGGGUUUGGAGGUGAAGAGACUAGUGUCCGGUAAAGCUCGCAUUAUAACAAAAGGAGCACGACAGUACGUAGAUCUGAACCGAGACAAAGGGCUCCUCGUUGUUAAAGAGAGAAUCGACCGAGAGGAGCUCUGCGGACAGACUACGCCUUGUAGCUUCAGCUUUGAGCUUAUCAUAGAAAACCCCAUUCAGUUAUAUCGAGUUACAGUAGAGGUUCGUGACAUUAACGAUAACGCACCGUCCUUUCCAAAGGAUGAACUCAAUUUCAAAAUCAGUGAAAAUGCCGUCUCCGGGGCGCGUUUUUCUCUGGAGAGCGCCGACGACCCUGACGUUGGUGUUAACGGUAUACAGAAUUAUUCACUAAAACCGGCAGAUAAUUUUAAAUUAGAGGUGCACAGCCAAGCCGACGGUGGUAAAUACAUUGAGAUGAUUCUGCAAACCCCUUUAGAUAGGGAGGAACAGGAGACUCUGUCUCUGAUGCUUAUUGCUACUGACGGAGGCGAGCCUCAGAGAACUGGAACUGUCCGCAUCCAUAUUACCGUGCUGGAUGCCAAUGAUAAUGCGCCAGUAUGUGGUCAACCCGUUUAUAAAACAGACGUUAAGGAGAGCUCCCAAAAAGGGACUUUGAUAACCACCGUUAGUGCAAAUGAUGCAGACCAGGGGGUGAAUGGAGAGGUCACUUUCUCCAUCGCUCAUGUUGCUAAAGAGGCGAAGGAGCUGUUUGAGCUCAACGUGGAUACUGGAGAGAUUAAGGUGGUAGGAAAACUGGAUUUUGAAAAAUCAAGAAGUUAUCAGUUAAAUGUUCAGGCGAGCGACCACGGAGGGUUUACUGAUACCUGUAAAGUUGUCAUUCAAAUUACUGAUGAGAACGAUAAUGUCCCCACAAUACAACUCAUGUCAUUUUCUAAUUCGAUUCCCGAGGACUCUCCCCCUGGAACCACUGUAGCUGUAAUUAAUGUAGAGGACGCAGACUCAGACGGCAACGGUGUCGUUCUUUGCUCUAUUAACGCAGAUAUUCCGUUCAAAAUAGAGUCCUCGUUAACGGAUUAUUAUACCAUAGUCACUGAAAGCACAUUGGAUAGAGAAACCGUGUCUGAGUAUAACGUCACCAUUACAGUUUCAGAUGAAGGGACUCCGCCUCUCUCCAGCAAUAAGAACAUAACUGUUAAAGUUUCAGAUGUAAAUGAUAAUCCACCCAAGUUUGAUCAACCUGUAUAUAGUAAUUCUAUUCAGGAAAACAACUCGCCAGGGUUUUCUAUAUUCUCAGUGAGAGCGGGUGAUGCUGACUGGGGUCAAAAUGCCCGCGUCUCCUACUUUCUCGAUGAUAAACAAGUUAACGGGGUGACUGCUUCCUCUUUCGUCUCAGUAAAUUCAGAAAAUGGCGCCAUCCAUGCUGUUAGGUCAUUCGAUUAUGAACAAAUCAAGUCGUUUCAAUUCAACGUCACUGCCCGUGAUGGAGGGUCUCCACCUCUCAGUUCAAUGGUCGCUGUUAGAAUAUUAGUCCAGGACCAGAACGACAACUCGCCUCAGGUUCUGUACCCAGUCCAGACUAGCAGCUCUCUGGUGGCUGAAAUGGUGCCUCGUUCAGCAGAUGUGGGAUAUCUUGUCACUAAAGUGGUGGCUGUUGAUGUGGACUCUGGACAGAAUGCCUGGCUCUCCUAUAAACUGCAGAAAGCGACAGACAGGGCGCUGUUUGAAGUGGGCUUACAGAAUGGAGAAAUAAGAACUAUACGCCAAGUCACUGAUAAAGAUACUGUGAAACAAAGGCUCACUGUUGUAGUGGAGGACAACGGGCAGCCCUCUCGUUCAGCUACAGUCAAUGUUAACGUGGCGGUGGCGGACAGCUUCCCUGAAGUGCUCUCAGAGUUCACUGACUUUACGCACGACAAGGACUACAACGACAACCUGACUUUUUACUUAGUCUUGGCUUUGGCUGUAGUCUCAUUUCUGUUCAUCACAUGUUUAGUGGUUAUUAUAUCAGUGAAAAUAUACAGAUGGAGACAGUCUCGCGUCCUCUAUCAUUCCAAUCUCCCUGUUAUUCCGUAUUAUCCACCGCGUUACGCAGACACUUUGGGGACAGGAACUCUACAGCACGUGUACAAUUACGAGGUGUGCAGGACGACUGACUCCAGAAAGAGUGACUGUAAGUUCGUCAGACCGUGUAGUCAGAACGUACUGAUAAUGGACCCCAGUUCUACAGGGACGAUGCAGCGGAUGCAGAGUGAAAAUAACAUCCUGGAUGAACCAGACUCCCCACUAGAGGUGAGUUUAAUGAGUUUAAAUUAUAGCAAAUUGCAUUGAAAAUAAUUUCAUCAAUAUGUCCAAAGUUUCAUAGUAAAACAUCAGAGAAUGUUGAAGUGUCACGUGACGUCCUCUGGCUCUAUGGGUGAUAAGUGUUAUGCUGGCAUUGUGCUCCUCGUGUUUUGAACCAGGUUAUUAAUCAUGGUUUGAAGGAUAAUUCUUAAAGUGAUGUGUGCCGUUUAUCAUCUAUCCCGUUGUGGUCUUUCUCCUUCAAAUAACUGUUUCGUUGUUUGUAAUACUUGAAGUAAAUUUGUCGUUGAUAACUUAGAGAAUUUGAUUGCAUGCGUUUCUCACAUCAUUAUAUUGAGUGACUACCAACUAUUUUCAUAUCGGACUCUGCGGGCCGCUGUUGGUCUUAAAAUCACACUUGAACCGACGUGAACACUGCUGUACCCUCUUCAGUACCUCCCAUAUUCCCUCAGUAUGUCAGCGAGUGAGUGCUCAGCACGAAUGCGCUCUUUUUUCACUAGCCUUUUUUUGUCGACACUAGCUUUUACAUUGAUGGAUUCUAGCUUAGAGUUUCAACAGUGACCAGUUGUGUUUAAUCGAAUUUGGAUAUAGCUUGUGUGGUCUUAUUUGACAUUUUACCAUGUGGAAUUCGAUGGUUUGGUUUGAGGCCACGGGUUCUGCCAGAAAUGGACGCUCGCUUAAACGGCAAGUACAGGCCUUUAUUCUUGUUUUCCUCGCCCAGAUUAUUCACGGGCAGAUUCGUUAUUCUAUCCCAGAGGAGAUGAGAAAGGGCUCGUUUGUUGGAAAUGUGGCGGAGGAUUUAGGAAUUAACGCUAAACGAAUGAAAUCGGGUGGCGCUCGCAUUGUUAGUGGCGACAGCAGCGAGUAUAUCAGGUUGGAUGUAGACAAAGGGACGCUGGUCGUGGGAGAGAGGAUAGACAGGGAGCAGCUAUGCGGACAGACAUCGCCCUGCAGCUUGAGCUUCGAGAUGAUUAUGAUGAAUCCUAUGCAGCUGCUUAGCAUUGUGGUGGAAAUACUAGAUGUUAACGACAACGCGCCCUUCUUUACUGAAAAAGAAAUCAAAAUAGAAAUCUCAGAGUCUACUCUGCCGGGCACGAGGAUAUUACAGGAGAGUGCGACAGACCCAGAUGUCGGUAUCAAUACACUGCAAGGCUACACCUUGUACCCUACUGAUCAUUUCAGCAUUAAAAUCCAGACUGGUCCCGAUGGCAGCAAAUAUGUGGAGAUGUAUCUGUAUGCGCCUUUAGACCGAGAGAAGAGGGAUAACCUUGUUCUCACCUUGACUGCUGUGGACGGUGGGGAGCCGCAGAGAUCUGGAGCACUUCAAAUACACAUAACUGUGCUUGAUGCCAAUGAUAAUGGCCCCAUUUUUAUG